GCGUUGACGCGAGGAGAGAGCAGCCAAUGGAAGCGCGGGGGGCGAGGCCCGGCGGUGAUGGCGCGGGAGGGUGCCCUGGAGGAUCCAGCUGUGCCCCUAGAUGUUGAGGGCCCCCAAAAACGCCUUCCCUGCUCCCAAAAUUCUCCAGAUGUGAUCGGGGAGGAGCCAGAUCCAGAUGUUUGGGACCUGAAAAUGCCCAAAGUGGCCCAAGACCCCUCUGAGGCUCCAGAUGUAGCAGCAGAAGCCCCAAAUCCAGAUGUGCUAUGGGCCAAAAAUGGGCACCGGACACUGCUGGUGGAGAGUGACACAGAUGUGGAGGAGGAGGGGCCAAAUCCAAGUGUUGGGCCCCAAAAAUGGCUUAAAAUGACCCAAAAUGUGCCCGAAACUCCAGAUGUGGGGCUGAAAACCCCAAAUCCAGAAGUUCUAUGGCUUAAAAAUGCGUGCGGUACACUGCUGCUGGAGAGUGACACAGAUGUGGAGGAGGAGGAGGCUGAUCCAGAAGCAGAGCCCCCCAAACGACUGAAAAUAACCCAAAACAUCCCAGAAACUCCAGAUGUUGCAGGAAAGACCCCAAAUCCAGAUGUUUCAGGGCCAAAAAUGCAACAUAGGAUGGAGCUGGUGGACAGUGACACAGAUGUGGACGAGGAUCCAGAUGUGCAGCCCAAGAAAAGGCUUAAAGUGACCCAAAACAUGCCUGGAAUUCCAGAUGUGGAGGUGGAAACCGCAAGUCCAGUUGUGACAACGCCCAAAAUCGGACACUGGAGAAUCCUGAUGGACAGCGACACAGAUGUGGAGGAGGAGGAGGAGAAUCCAGAUGUGCAGCCCCAAAACCGACUCAGAAUGACCCAAAACGUGUCCGAAACCCCAGAUGUGGCUGCAAAACCCCUGAAUCCAGAUAUUUCGGGUCCAAAACGCCAUUCUCAGAUGCUGCUGUUGGACAGUGAUACAGAUGUGGAAGAUGAAGUGAAUCCAGAUGUGCAGCCCCCAAAAAGGCUCAAAGUCACCCAAAACAUGCCCAGAAUUCCAAAUGCGGAGGUGGCGACCCCAAAUCCAGCUGUGGAGAGGCCCAAAAUCAGCAAUCAGAUGCUGGUGGAGGACAGUGACACAGAUGUGGAGGAGGAUCCAGAUGUGCAGCCCCCAAAAAGGCUCAGAAGGACUCCGAAUUUGCCCAAAACUCCAGAUGUGCGAUGGGGGACACCAAAUCCAGAUGUUUCAGGUCCCACAAUCAGGAGUCAGAUGCUGCUGGUGGACAGCGACACAGAUGUGGAGGAGGAUCCAGAUGUGCAGCCCCUGAAACGGCUCAGAGUGACCCAAAACGUCCCUGAAACUCCAGAUGUGGCUGCAAAGUCCCCAAAUCCAGAUGUUUCAGGCCCUGGAAUCAGGUGCCAGGCAUUCCUGGUGGACAGUGACGCAGAUGUGGAGGAGGGGGAGGAGGAGAAUCCAGAUACUGAGACCCUAAAAAAGCUUGAAAUGACCCAAAAUGUGCCUGAAAGUCCAGAUGUGGUGGCACAGACCCCAAUUCCAGAUGUUGGAAUGACCAAAAAUGGGUGUCAGGCACUGCUGGUGGACAGUGAUACAGAUGUGGAGAAGGAGGUGAAUGCAGAUGUUCAUCCUUCAAAAAGAUGGGAAAUUCCUCAAAAUGUGCCCCAAACUCCAGAUGUGCCCACACAGCCCCCAAAUCCAGCUGUGAAGGGGUCACAGAGGGGUCACGGGGCACUGCUGGUGGACAGUGACACAGAUGUGGAGGAGGAGGAAAAUCCAGAUGUUGGGUCCCUAAAAAGACUGAAACCAGCCCCAAACGUGCCUGAAACUCCAGAUGUGAGGCUGAAAAUGCCAAAUCCAGAUGUUUCAGGCACAAAAAUUGGGAGUGGGAUGCUGCUUGUGGACAGUGAGACAGAUGUGGAGGAGGAUGAGGUAGGUCCAGAUGUUCAGCCCUUUAAAAGACAGAAAAUUACCCAAAAUGUGCCUGAAACUCCAGAUGUGCUCACACCAACCCAAAAUCUAGCUGUUGGAAGCUCUGAAUCCAGAGGUGGAGCCUUGGUGGUAGAGAGUGACCCUGAUGUGGAGGAGGAUGAGGCUGAUCCAGAUGUUCGGCCUUCAAAAAAAAAGAAAAUUACCCAAGAUGUGCCUGGAACUCCAGAUGUUGGGAGGCUUCAAAGGACCCAAAAUGUGGCCAAAACUCCAGAUGUGGAGGGAGAGGAGGAAGGGUGGGAUCCAGAUGUGGCCACCCAGCUGUUCCUGCCCCCAAAUUCAGAUGUGGGAGAGGCUGAGGUGGAUCCAGAUGUUGGGAGCCCAGAACAAAGCAAAAUGACCCAGAAGCCACUGGAAAUUCCAGAUGUGGAGGAAGAAGAGGCGUCAGAUCCAAAUGUGGCCACUCAGCCGUUCCUGCCCUCUCCAGAUGUUGGCAGCCCAAAACCACUCAAAAUGACCCUGAACCCUCCCAAAAUUCCAGAUGUGGAAGAGGAAACCCCAGAUUCAGAUGAGGAGGAAGAACAGGAGUCAGAUCCAGAUGUGGCCACUCAACUGUUCCUGCCUUCUCCAGAUGUUGUGAACCCAGAAAGCUCCAAAACAGCCCCGAAGGACACCAGAAUUCCAGAUGUGGAGGAGAAAGAGGAAUCAGAUCCAGAUGUGGCCACCCAGCUGUUCCUGCCUUCUCCAGGUGUGGGAAGCCCAGAAGGCCUCAGAACUACCCCAAAGGACCCCAAAAUUCCAGAUGUAGAGGGGCUGCCCUCCCUGGAUCCAGAUGUGGCCACGCAGUUGUUCCUGCCCCCCCAUCCAGGUGUGGAGGAUGGCCUAAAUCCAGAUGUUCUGAGUCCAAAACAACCCAGAAUGGCCUCAAAUGACCCCAGAAUUCCCGUUGUGAAGGCCGAGACCCCAGAUUCAGAUGUGGAGGGGGAGGAGGACUUGGAUGUGGCCACCCAGCUAUUCCUGCCCCCUGAUCCAGAUGUGGAGGGGGAAGGACCCUCACAACCAGGUGCCGGGUCCCUAAAACCACCCAAAAGUCCCCUAAACCUGCCCAAAAUUCCAGAUGUGGACAUGGAGAGCCCAAAUCCAGAUGAGGAGGAGUCCCUGAGGGGCCACAGGUUGUUGCUGGGGGAUGCUGAUCCAGAUGUAGAGGAGGUGGGCCCAAAUCCAGAUGUGGCAGUCUCAAAAAGACUCCAGACGGCCCCAAAAGUCCCUGAAAUUCCAGAUGCAGAGGUGGACACCGUAAAUCCAGAUGUGGAGGGACCACGGGGCCCUGGUCUGAAUCCAGAUGUGGCCACCCAGCUGUUCCUCCCCCCUGACCCAGAUGUGGAACGCCCAGAAAGCCCCAAACCAGCCCUGGACGAGCCCCAAGUUCCAGAUGUGGAGGAGGUGGCCCCAAAUCCAGAUGUUGAGGGUCCCCCAAGCCCCGCCCAGGAGGAAGCAGAAGCUCCGCCCACCCCACAGGUGCGGCGCAGUCGGCGAUUGGCUGGGAGUGGAGGGGGCGGAGGCUCUCAUGGCCCCACCCCCACCCAGAAUGGGACUGAUCAAGGCUCCAAGCCACGCCCCACACCCAAGCCACGCCCCCAGAGAGGGCAGGACCCAACAGUGGCCGUGCUUGAAGAGGCCACACCCUCCACGUCCAUAAAAGGAAAUGCGCUGGGCUCAAUGGCAGCCCCACCCCCAGAGGAGGAGGAGCCAGCAGAGGGUGCCAAGCGCCAGCUCCGCCCCCGGGCAGCACCAGGCUCCACCCAGAUCCGGGUGCUGUUCACAGGCCUGGUGGCCUCCCCAGCACUGCGGGUGGCCCUGGGGACGCUGGGUGGCACCGAGGCCACCUCUGUGCACGACUGCAGCCACCUGGUGACAGAUGGCAUCCGCCGGACACUGAAGUUCCUGUGCGCCCUGGGCAGGGGCGUCCCCAUUGUCACCCCCCAGUGGCUGCUAGAGAGUUCCCACAGUGGCCGCCCGCUGUCCCCAGGUCCCUUCCUGCCCCGGGACCCCCCCUGUGAGCGGCGCUUUGGCUUCCGCCUGCGCCCGGCGCUGGCCCAGGCCCGGGAGCAGCCCCUGCUGCAGUGUCCCCAGGCCCAAGAAUGGCCCCUGCUGCACAUGGCACUGUCCCCAGAUGUCCCCAUGUCACCUAAACCCAUUCCUGAGCCAGCCCCAGGCAUGGUGGCACCCCUUCUGCAGGGGUACCAGGUGCACGUCACCCCCAGUGUCCAGCCAUGCCCCGAGGACAUGCGGGACCUUGUCACCUGCUGUGGUGGCACCUUCCUGCCACAGCUGCCCCGGGAACACGCGCCAAUCAGCGCUCUCGUGCCAUGGCACUGCAGCCAAUGGCAGCGCAGAAUGGGCGGGAUUUUCGCUACCGUGCAAACGCCCGAGCUAGGUCACCAUGGUAACGAGUGAGGACGCUUGCGGGUUCGUGCCCCGUCCUCUGCCACUCUCAGCCAAUCAGCGCUCGCGGAUCGAAACAGCCAAUGGCGAUGAAGAAGGGGCGGGAGCAGUGUUGCCAUGGCAACGGGGCGGCCGGGCCUGGGGCGG